GUUACCCCAAGCGCAGCCUGGGCCGAGAGGAUGAAUACUUUCCGGGAGCAUUGCAAACAACUGAAUGUUGGAUCCAAGCUGUAAAGGUGGAAAUCCACCGCAUCCCUAUUUUUCGGAAAACCACCAGUUUUAUGGUUAUGUUGGACAACUUAGAUCUUCAACUUAACCUAACCAGCAUGGAACGCCAUGUCCCUGUCCACCCUUUACCUGAAGAGAUCCAACAGAUGCGCCAGGAUGAGACAGUUUGCAAAUAUUGUGGAGUUAGUUAUCUAAUACAUCGUGAAUUCAAAUUAAUGGAAGAGAAACUGAAAGCAAUGGAAGCAGAAAUGGAAUUUUACGGUGAAAGUGUUGAACGUGAAAAGAAGUUGCAAAGGGAGUUUUGUUCAAUGAAGCAGCAUAUGGAACAGUUGAAAAGUGAUAAUCAACAGAAGAAGGAAAGUUUGAAUUUCUUGAGUUUAGAACUUGCGACUAAGCAGGAAGAACUGGAGGGCAUGUGUUUGAAAAUGGAAGACAAUUGGAGACAGCUCAUAGCAGUUCAGAACAAAUCAAAACUUUACAGGGAAAGAACAAAGCAGCAAGCGCACAUCAUUGAGCAGGCAUCCACUUUCCUUCAGGGAAUAAAGAUUGAACUGGCCCUGUUUAGAGAAGAUGUGCAGAGUAACUUGGUGAUAUGGGAACCUUUCAGCAAAACACUGACGCAUUGCCUGGAGGCCACCGGAGAUGCUGUACAGAUGGAAAUGUUUGGAUUGCAAGAGAGUCUUAAGAAAUCCACUCAAGAGGUAGAGUUCCUUCAACAGCAAGUAAGAGACCUACAGCUUUCUUCAGACACGAUUACACUACAAAUUGAUCAAAUCCAUGCUUUGGAACAGAAAGAAGCUGAACUCCAAAUCAAAUGUUGUGAAUCAGAGAAACAGGCAUUUGAUCUAAAAAAUCAGCUUAUGAUUCAGCAGCUUAAUUUCCAAAAGGUUACAGAAGAAAUGGAACACUGCAAGGAAUUGUUACUGAAUAAAUCAAAGGAGGUGGAAGAUCUUCUCUCAAGGCUAACAGUACUGGAGUGUGCACAUGAUGAGAGGGAAUCAAGAUAUUGCAAAGAGAUUAAAGAAAAAGAGAAACAAUGGCUGCAGUGUGAACAAAAGUGUAAGAGUUUAGAAGAACAGCUAGAAAUCAAAGUUCGCCAGGAGUCAGAAAUACAAAACCGAUCAUCAGUCUCACAAAACGAAAUACUGACUCUAAAAACUGCCCUAAGUCAGGCAGAAGAGAAGCUAGAGGCAUUGAAACAAGAAAGGGAACAGAUGGUGAUUUCACACCAGAACAGGAUUAAACAGCUUCAAGAACGUCUUCAACAGAUGUUAGGUGAUGAAGAUAACUGGAGGGCAAAAAUAGAUGCAGCGCUAUCGAAGCAACAGGCUCAUCACUGCACAGAGCUUAAGGAAUUAGCACUACGGAUGAAGGAAGAAGCAAAGAUUGAAAUUGAUACAGAAAGACAAAAACAGCAAGAAUUAAUAAAUAAACACAACAAAGAGCACAAGACAUUACAGGCACAGGUAUCUGACUUGAUCAGUGAUGUGACCAAAGCAUUACAAUUGGAAGUAAGCAAGCUGAAGAAAAAGCUUCAAGAAACUCAGUGCCAGUUAUUGGAGAGUGGUCAUUCUAAAGAUGGUAAAAUCUAUAACUUGGAAAAGGUAAUCUCUCAACUAGAGACACAGCUGAAACAAGAACAAGGCAAAGUGGAAUCCAUGACUGAGGAACUGAGGACUGAAAUACAGCAGAAAUCAAUUGAGUUGAGAGAAACACAGCAGGAGUUACAGCGGCUAACAGGUGAACUGGACCAGGCCAAACAAGAGGUGCAUUCGCAGAGGCUGAUGAAUCAUACCUUGGAUAAUACAUUUCUUGAAGAAACUGUGCGUAGAGAAUGUGAGGAACGCUAUGAACUCACUGAGGCUCUUAGUCAGGCCCAAGAACAGUUGAUGGAACUAAAGAGACUCAGUAGUGAACAUCCACAUUCUCAACGUUCAAUUAGCCAAAGAAGUCUGAGUUCAUCCUCAUCAUCUGCAGGGAGUUAUAAGAUCCAAAGAAGCCUCUCCAACACUAGCAGAACUAAACUUAGUGACUUGCAUAGGCUCCUGGUGAAUGCAAAUGCCUCAAAUAAUGCUGGAACCACUGCUUUACCAAUUAUACCAGUACCACAGCCAUCAAAAGGGAGAGCCUCAUCUGUCAGUGAAAUCAAACAGAGGAUUGCAGCUGCUGUAAGAAGAAAAUAAGCUUCUCUCAAAAAAAAGUAAAACAUUGCACGAAAACCAAUCUGCUUGGAUUAUUCAUCUGAUGUUAAAGUAUAUAUACAUAUGUUAAAUAAAAGUAGAUUCUAACAAUGCACUGAAAUUGUGGGCGAUUGGGUUUUCUGCCAAGAAUGAUUAAUUGUUGUGUAGCUUCGCAAAACCAUAAGUUGCUUUUAAAUAAAGCUAAAUAUGUUCUCUUGCCCAAUGAUUCUGGGAAAUAGAAAAUGUUUUCUGACAACGAAAAGUUUCUUCAGAUCCAUUUACAUCAGAAUUGCAUGGAAUGGACAGCACAGAAAUUGACCAUGCAACCGACUGAUAUAUGCCAGUUCUUAUGCUCCAUAUGAAUCUCCUCCCACACAUCUUCAUCAAAUCCUAUUGGCAUAUCUUUCCAUUCCUUUCCCCGUUAUGUUUUUGACCAGCUUCCCCUAAAAUGCAUCCCUGUGUUCAACUGAAUGACUUAUGGUAGCAUGUUUCAUAUUCUGACCACUCCUAUUAAGAAGUUUCCCUUCAACUGCCUGUUGAAUUUGUUGAUGACUACAUAUUUGUACUUAUGACCAGGAGUUUUGAUUGUGCAUAAGUUAUAAUUAACUUCCCUGUGUUUACCAUAUCAAACCCCUUUAAAUCAUCUUAAAAACAAAUACACCUCUCACAUUCUUCUCUUUUCCAAAGUCUCUGAGCUUAUUAAAUCUUUUCGAUGAUAUACAACUUUUCAACUAUGAUAUUUUUCAAUCCUUUCUUGCACUUUCUCUUGCAUCUGUUUGUUACUUUUAUAACAUAAAUAUCUGUAUACACCUAAGUGAUUUAUGAUCAGGGGUCUGGAUCAGGUUAACAGAAUCUCUUUCCUUUUCAAUUCUAUCUCUUAUUAAUGAUUUGCUACGUGUUGUAAUUUCUGUGUCUGUACAUCUCAAUCCCUUUGCUACCCUAGCCCACUUAGACUUGUAUUUUGCAAGGAUUAUGUGACAUCUUAAAUCUGCCUAUCAAAGUGCAACACAUUACACUUACUUAUGUUGAAAUUAUUACAGAUAAACACAUAUUUUGCAACAUUAUUGGCAUUUGUAUUUUGUUGUAAUUCUUAGUAUAAACUUUAACUUCAUCCCCAAAUUUGAGAGUUCUGUGAUGUAGGAGUAAUGCCCUUAAGUAUGAGCCUGAAAGUCCAGAUUCAAGUCCUACCUGCCUCAGAGAUGUAUCAUAUCAAAACAGGUUGAUUGAAAGUCUGCCAUCCCCCCGAUCCAAUAUGGCAUUACUUGCAGAGUUUGAAAUUGGCCUUUCAGUUCCCGGAGUAAAUCAUGGACAGCAAAGACCCAAGCACUGAUCCUAGUGGAAUACCAUUUCCCGCUCUAAGUUAGUUGGAAUAACUAUCCUUAAUGCCAGUCUCCAUUUUGUGAUCAGUUGUUUACCUUUUUUCUGUAACAUUCUAUUAUGUAUGCUCUGACCAUUGUCAUGAAUCCAUGUUACUGAAAGCUUUUGCCAAUUUAAAUAUAGUACAUCUGUUGCCUACCAUUGUCUUGUCUUUCUGUUAUUGCUUCUAAUCAUUAAAUAAUAAUCAAACAUAUCAUUGCCUUUAUUAUUUACUUCUGGUUUCUAAAUUUAUUAAUUGAAUCACCACGUUCUACUCUAAAUCUGUUUAUAAUUUUUUUGCUCUUUUCUUAAUUUUUUAUAUAUUUUCUAAUCUUUUGAUUUAGAAGUACCUGGAUUUAUAAUAUGUAUAGUAAUAAAUGCUCAAUUUGUCUCUGCCGACUUGCAUCAAAGAUAAAUAAAUUUAUCUUUCGAAAUAUUUCUUCACAGUCAUGAAAUUAAGAUCGUUCCAACAUUGUGAAGCAUUAGCAAAAAUAGUUUAUGAUCAUUUGUAAUGAUAAAUAUUAUGACAUUGAAUUUGUUAAAUGGAU